AAAUACUUUAUUAAUUUAAUUUUUAUACUUUAUUUUGUAGCAGAAGCAUAUCAUAUGUCACUUCCAUUAUUGUUGUUAUUAUUAUCAUCAUCAACUCCACCUAGAUUUCAGCAAUCUAUAUUACUCAUUUUUUUAUACAAGUAAACCAAAAAAAAAAGUUUCACGGGCUUUGUAAACUAUAACUUACACUUUCGGUAUUCUAUCUCUAUCUCUAUACAUACACAAACUUUUUUUUUCCCCUUCACCAGUCCCUGUGAUCACUGUCUUGCCACGUUCAAUAUAUAUAUAGAUACAGAACAAAUAUAUAGAUAUACAUAGUUUGUGACAUGGGGUUUACGUGGAUGGCUUGAAAUGAGAGUUUGUGAUUCUAAAGGUUGGAUAUAGAUAUAUAUUGGUGUGUGUGUAUAUAUAUAAGAGGGGUUUGGAUGGAUCGAGGGGUGGGACCAGGAGGAGGUAUGGAUUUGCCUAUUAUGCAUGAUAGUGAUCGGUAUGAGCUAGUGAAAGAUAUUGGGUCAGGUAAUUUCGGUGUGGCUAGAUUGAUGAGGGAUAAACUCACUAAUGAGCUUGUUGCUGUUAAGUAUAUUGAGAGAGGUGAGAAGAUAGACGAAAAUGUACAGAGGGAAAUUAUUAACCACAGAUCACUAAGGCAUCCCAACAUUGUCAGAUUCAAAGAGGUCAUCUUAACACCAACACAUCUGGCCAUUGUAAUGGAAUAUGCAUCUGGAGGGGAGCUAUUUGAACGGAUAUGUAACGCUGGUCGGUUUCCAGAAGAUGAGGCUCGUUUUUUCUUCCAACAGCUCAUUUCAGGAGUCAGCUACUGUCAUAAUAUGCAAGUAUGUCAUCGUGACUUGAAGCUGGAGAACACGCUUCUAGAUGGCAGCCCGGCUCCUAGGCUCAAAAUUUGUGAUUUUGGGUACUCAAAGUCCUCUGUUCUCCAUUCACAACCCAAAUCUACUGUCGGCACACCUGCGUAUAUUGCUCCUGAAGUCUUGCUUAAGAAAGAAUACGAUGGCAAGAUUGCAGACGUGUGGUCUUGUGGUGUCACAUUAUAUGUGAUGCUCGUGGGAGCUUACCCUUUUGAGGACCCCGAAGAGCCCAAGAAUUUUCGUAAGACCAUACAGCGAAUUUUGAACGUCCAAUACUCGAUUCCAGCAUAUGUUCAUAUAUCUGCUGAAUGCCGCCAUUUGAUCUCCAGAAUAUUUGUUGCUGAUCCUGCCAAGCGGAUAACCAUGGACGAGAUUAAAACCCAUGAAUGGUUUGUAAAGAACCUACCAGCAGAGCUGACAAAAGACAAUGCAAUGGACCAAUUUGGAGGACCAGAUCAGCCGACUCAAAGUGUUGACGAAAUCAUGCAGAUAAUUGCAGAAGCUACGAUCCCACCAGCGGGAUCAAACAAUCUGAACCAGUAUCUUACUGGUAGUCUGGACAUUGAUGAUGACAUGGAUGAGGAUCUCGAGAGUGAUGCAGAUCUUGAUAUUGAUAGCAGUGGGGAGAUAGUAUACGCAAUGUAAGUAUUUGGGAAUUCAAGUAAACCUUGCUGCAUUGCAUCUUGUAUUGUUUUUGCUUAUACUCUUAUAAGUUAUAAAGUGUUGUAUUUUCAUCUGAAGAUAAAUUCGUGUUACUGUUGUUGUACCA